AGAGAGAGAGAGAGAGAGAGGGAUCAGAGCAUUAGAGAGAGAGAGGGAGAGAGGGAGGCUGCAGAUAUCGAUGGCAUUAACAAUGGAGCAUUAGGAUACAGAGGGGAUAGUCAGCCAGACAACGGCUGAGGGUAAAGAUAUUUGAGGAGGGGGGCUCCUCCUCUGUGAGCACAGAGGGAGGUGGAGGGAGUAGGAGGUGGAGGAGGAGGAGGAGGAGGAGGAGGAGGAGGAUGGGCCUCGAACACAGACUUGCAAUGGCACUGCAAAAAUUGGAUUAAAGCAGUAUGCUGGACAAGAGCGAGGUGGCAACUCUAGGCCUACCCUCCACUACCAGCCAUGGAGGCUCUGACAGUAACAUCAGCGCGGACGGAGCGGCGGCAGCAGCGUCUGGGGUCAUGGCAGGGGGUGCUGAGUGUUCAGGGGCCGGCGAGCCACAGAGGACCCGUGCUGCUCUGGAGCACCUGCAGCAGAAGAUCCUAAAGGUCACCGAGCAGAUUCGCGUGGAGCAGGAGGCCCGUGACGACAACGUUGCAGAAUACCUGAAGUUGGCCCACAACGCAGACAAACAACAGGCGUCCAGGAUAAAGCAGGUGUUUGAGAAGAAGAACCAGAAGUCUGCACAGACCAUCGCGCACUUGCACAAGAAACUAGAGCACUAUCACAAGAAGCUAAAGGAGAUAGAACAGAAUGGACCAGCCCGUCAGCCCAAGGAUGUCCUGCGGGACAUGCAGCAGGGAUUAAAGGACGUCGGGGCUAAUGUUCGUGCUGGGAUAAGUGGUUUUGGAGGCGGUGUAGUCGAAGGAGUCAAAGGUGGAGUAUCUGCCCUCACUCACACAGCCGUGGUCUCCAAGCCGAGAGAAUUUGCCAGUCUAAUCAGGAACAAGUUUGGCAGUGCAGAUAACAUUGCCCACUUAAAGGACACACUCGAGGACGGAGUCGGGGGUCACUCUGAGGACGCCCCCACACCUCGUGCCCUGAGUGGAAGUGCCACUCUGGUCUCAAGCCCAAAGUACGGCAGCGACGACGAGUGCUCCAGCGCCACGUCCGGCUCCGGAGCAGGUAGUAAUUCUGGUGGUGCAGGCGGUGGAGGAGGAGGAGGAGGAGGAGGAGGGUUGUUAGGACCAACCAUGGGGAGCCCUAGACUGGACGGGCACCACCACCACCACCAUCACAUGCACAGCUCUUGGGACUCUCUACUUGAGGGCCUGCAGGAGAUAAAAGCCAGCCAGGCGCACAUGGAGGACGCCAUCGAGGACAUGAAGGGGCAGCUGCAGAGUGACUACUCCUACAUGACACAGUGCCUGCAAGAAGAGAGAUACAGGUAUGAGCGACUUGAAGAACAGCUGAAUGACUUAACAGAGCUGCACCAGAACGAGAUGACUAAUCUUAAACAGGAACUCGCCAGCAUGGAGGAAAAAGUCGCCUACCAGUCCUACGAGCGAGCAAGAGACAUUCAGGAAGCUGUGGAGUCGUGCCUGACCCGCAUCACCAAGCUGGAGCUGCAGCAGCAACAGCAGCAGGUCGUCCAGUUGGAGGGAGUUGAGAAUGCCAAUGCUCGAGCUCUGCUGGGCAAACUCAUCAACGUCAUCCUGGCGCUCAUGGCUGUGCUGCUGGUCUUUGUCUCCACCUUGGCCAACUUCAUCACCCCGCUGAUGAAGACCAGAGCCCGGGUGGCCGCCACCGUCCUGCUGACCUUGCUGCUGUUCGUCCUGUGGAAGCAGUGGGACUUUGUGGAGCCAUGGCUGCUGCCCAGCUGAGCUCCUUGCAUAAGAAAGAGACUCCAGGGGCUAGAGAAGCUGGUUUCACCUCAGUCACCACCACUUUAAAGGAUGCAGAGACUGAAAUAGAAUAAGAGCCGCUGUGCUUGUUCCCUUUGAGUGUAAAGGUGGAGCAUCUGAGGACAAAACAUGGCACUUUUAGUUAGGGAGUGACAAAGGACUCAUCUCAUCUCGCCCCCAAAUCUCUUGGUGUUGAUGACCAAUCAUCGAUUGCAUUGCUGUCACCAAAAAAACUGAGUUUCCUGAAAGAAAUCUUUGGAUCAUCUUUUUCUAAUUAUUUAUGAUACAUGAAUUAAAAAAGACCUGAGCAACUUAUAAUGACUUUAAAAUGCCGACCUUGUUCUGCUGUAACCUUCAUGUUGAAGCUAUAGUAUAUUUGAGAGGAAAAGGUUUUUUUUUUUUUAUGAAUGUUAUGUGCUCAUGCAUGUCCUCGUACGUGCACUGAGAUGCAUCUUAGCUGGCAUGAGUUAACAUUUCAUUAAUGACAAAGUGAAUCUCCUAUAACUGCCAUUUUGUUGUCAGAAAUACAGUGCACACAUGUCAUAUCUCAACAUUCCUGAUUUGUUUCACAUCCUGUUCUGGUGUUGAAGCAGUGCUUUUAGACGCAUUUCUUUCCUGUCUGUCUUUUUCUUGAAGUCGACUGAACUGUUUCAAAAAAAGAAAAGAAAAGAAAAAGAAAAACGCUGAUAUCUGCGACAAGUUCACUAUAAUAAUUCAACUAUGUAAACUCUGUUCUGUCCAUAAAAUGCUAUUUCAUAACCACUAUUGUAGAACCGUUACUAUCCACAGUGUCAAAUUAACUGGCAUGUCGAAUUGUAUCAAAGUUUAUAUCCAGUUUGCAAAAAAUAAUUAUUUGCUGUUUUACUAAACGAUGUAAGAAAUAAAUGAUUUCAUAUAUUAGGCUCA